AUGCCCUUACCGUUAUCGGAGAAGGAGAUGCAAGCAUUGACCGAAGAGGGAGAUUGGGCGAGGGAGGUGUUGAUAAGGCCAGAAGAGUUGGCGUCAAUGUUGGGCUGGUUGAGGGGCUUUGGGCUGCCCAGGGAGGUAGGCGCUGCUGGUUUUAGGCGUGCAGGUGUGAGCGUCAUUAGCGGGCUCACAGCAAAAGAGGUUCAAGUCAGUGGGCGAGUAGCCCACACAGUCGACGUGCAGGACAGGACAGCGCAGUGCAAGGCAGCUGCGGAGCACUGGGUUCAGGCUGCUAUUCUGGUGUCGCAAGCUACCCAAUCAGAUGGGGGAACAAACCAGGUGGUCCAAACUAGUGGAAGACGGGUGAACACGCCAUAG